AUGCAUAAAACAGUGGCCAACUUACUUGGAAUUUGUCCAUUAGAGUUGGCCAAAUGCAUGACAGGAGAUGAUCUCUUCUUGAACACUGGGCCUCUACCUCGUCAGACUUCCGCCUUCACUCUGCAUUAUCCACCCCUUCCCGGCUGGCCUCCAGAUGCACAGCUGCGGAUGCAGCAUAAUGCAACCGAUCAAGACCCACAGAAACCCUAUGCACGUUCAUGCAGACAAGGAAAUCUUUUGAGCCAGGAUGAGCCUAACAAGCCUCUACAACCGCACCAACAUGGCUUGAUCAACCCCAAUCAGAUUCGGUCCACAACUUCAGAUUAUUCGCACACCACCUUGCAGCGUUCUGCAUUAUCGGUGGCUUCACCUUCCUUCCUAGUUGAGAAGGACUGCUCUAAUCGGUUCCAGUACCAUCGUUCCAAACAGCAGCCUGGCCCAACUGAUGUUCAUAUAUCUUCUAGAAUUGUAUCCCCUCCAUAUGCAUCAUUCCUACAGACACAACUGCAUAGUCUUAAAAACAAUCAGCGUAGUAAUAAAGAAUUUAGUCCAGGUGUAGAAUCAACUGAUGAUUCGGCCGACUAUGAACAAAUUUAUUCUAAAACCUAUCCUCUUGUUACUUCACGCCGGUUAUACAGCUCUGACGGCAUUGUUAGAAGACACCAACUCGUCGAAGUUAGAAUGAACAAAGGGAAACAACCAAAACAAUUGCGAAGGGCUAAAAAUAAAUAUUCAUAUCAAUCACAAGUCUCGAUCGCCCCAAUCGCUAGGACUUAUGAUAUUCCUUUUCAUACAUCAAGUACUUUAUCACUUGAAAAAGUAGGGCUUGGUUUUAAGCGUAGGCAUUAUUUCCAUGCAUCGGUUAAGCCCGAUUUUAACCUGAUCAGAAAGGCAAUUUCCCCCUUAAAGCCUUUACUCAUUGAUCAUUCAAACUUUGAGACUAAUCGACAUGUAUCCAUUCACAAGCCUCAAUCAUCAAGUAGCCAUUUGCAGUAUCAGCUAGAAGAGUUGAAACAAUGGGAAACCUCCAACCCAGAGCUUGCCAAUACUACAUUCAGUAUUCAUCCCAAUCCUCUUAAACCACACUAUUCAAGAUCAGGGUUUGAAAUGCCUAAAGAAUUGACCCUUUCAGUUAGAAAAAAUCGUGGCACCUUCACUAAUAAAUCUUCCAACAGACAAUCUAUCAAUUCUGACAAAGCAGUUCAUUGUAUAGAUGUCUGCAAGAAGCAUAAGUAA